GCCGUCGACAUGCAACUAUUGAAGGAUUCGAUGGGCGAGGGGACUCGAAAAUCCACAAAAGUGCCGCCAAACAUGCAAGACACCGAAAAGGAGGCGUGGCAAAAACAAUGAUGUGAAACGUAAUUCAGGCGAAAUUAACGCAAUUACUGUGCCGCAGUCAAAGGACUCAAAUUCACUUCCGAUGCACUGCAGCUAAAACAAAAAAAAAAUAUAAAAGGAACUUUGUUCGCGUGCCGCAAACAAAUCGCAUUGAUACUUGGAACCGUGUCAAAGCUGCCACCUCCGGGGGAAAUGGAGAGGUUACUGCUAUUCCGGAACCAAAUCGUGAAUCGUCGGCCAUUAAUGCCGUUUCUCCCAGGCUAAUUCCCAUUUUAUUGAGUGCUCUAGUUACAGCCAAAGUUUGGCACCACCGCUGCCCCUGGCAACCCACUUCGCCCCCUCGAAAAGGGGGCGUGGUCUUAAUGGUCGCAAUUAGUUUUUCAUCCAGCUGACACGCACUUGUCGUAAAAGUCCAUUGAACCUGACGCUAAAUUGAUUUUCGUUCGGGCAGGCCGGGCAAAAGUGAUUCAGAUUAUUUUACGUACCCAUAAACUAAUACUAUUUUUAACAUUAAAACCCAGAAAAAGUAUGCCAAAUCGAUUGGAUGAACGCUGGUUUGUCACUGUAACCUUUGCCACAUGGAACUUAUUGAGCGGUUUUGGGUUUUAUGCCUACAUUCUAGAUUGUUAUUUAAACUAUCCUCCUGAUCACCAGAAAAGGCAGUUUAAGUACCACACCUUUCCGGGGAGUAUUAACCGAGAUAUUGUUAUCGGAGUUACUGUGGUAAUGCUUUGCCAGAUCAUAUCCACAAUAUCGCUGUGCUUGUCUUUGAAUCAGUCUAAAAGGAUUUGUUUAGUUUACGGAAUAGUUUUUAGCAUGACUUUUCCGUGUGCGUGUCUUCCUCUUUGGCCUUUAGCUGUGACACAUAUAUCAAUUGCUUUAGUAGCCCUAAGUUACUACUUUGAAUAAAGGAGAAAAUAAUUUUGAUUUCGGAAAAUAAAUAAGCUGGUAUUGUUCAUUUACUAAAUAUCAGAACUUAUAAACUAGAAAAAUAAACUAGCCUAAAAGUAAACCGAGAAAUGUGUUGAUAAAGCCACUUUGAUAGCUCACAUUCCCAACUGCCGAGAAGUAUGUUUAAAUUUAAAUGCAAUGGUUGUUCCUUUACUGAUAAGAAACAAGGUAUAUGCAUUGAAAUAUAUAAAA